UACUCCAGAAGAUUAACCAUCCCAGUCCUUCUGUCAGUCUCCGAUGUCAUGCCUGGUUAAAAAAAAACCCAAACUCACCUUUUUUUCGAUCGUCAGUCACCUUAAAGAAUGGCCGAGCCUUUGGGGAACGAGUUGGCGUCCGCAGCUGCAAGGGGGGACCUAGUGCAACUUACUAAUUUGUUGCAAACGAAUGUAAACGUCAAUGCCCAAAAUGGAUUUGGGAGGACUGCGCUGCAGGUCAUGAAACUUGGGAAUCCUGAAAUUGCCAGGCAGUUGCUAAUUACAGGUGCUAAUCCUGAUCUGAAAGACAGUACAGGGUUCGCUGUAAUUCAUGAUGCAGCCAGAGCGGGUUUCCUGGACACGCUGCAGACUUUACUGGAGUUUAACGCUGAUGUUAACAUUGAGGAUAAUGAGGGAAACCUGCCAUUGCACUUGGCAGCUAAAGAAGGCCACCUCCCAGUAGUGGAAUUCCUUAUUAAGCGCACAGAAAGCAAGGUGGGACAUCGGAACAAGAAGGGAGACACUGCCUACGAUUUGGCUAAACUGUACAAGAGGAACGAUGUAGUUAAACUAAUGGAAGGCAGCACUUUAAGUGCAGAAGCUACAGAUACGAAUUAAAUCAAACACGAACAACUUCUUAUUUGGACAUUAAAGCUUAUAGCCCUUGUUUUUAAUAACAUUUAUUACAACUUUUUUCUUCUUCUUUUUUUAAAUAACUAGUGCGUGAAACUGCAAAGGUGUAGAUUUUGUGAAAAUGAAUAUAUUUAAAAAUCACACCAAUAGCAUUUUCCUGCACCUGCCAUCCGCACAAUGCUAGAAGAGACACAAAUGGACAUAUGUUGAUCGCUUUUGCUUAGUUCCUGCAGUGUAUAAUUUUACACUUUCUUCGUUUGUUUUAGGUCACUAAUACUAAAAAAGAUAAUGCUAAAAUGCUUUAUGUUUCUGACAUUUACGUUUUUAAAAUGUUUUACUGUGAUAUUUUUUCUUAAGAUCAUGCCUAGCAAUUUGAAGCACUGCUUCUGACAAAACAGGAUAUUAAAGGGUGUAGCCCGUGGUUCAGGCAAAGCUUGGAUUUAAAGGACGUUUGGCCUGUAAAGACAGCAGGACGGGGCCCUACAAGUGUUAGGAAAUAGCUGCAUUUGGACACUAAUAAGAGCUUGUAGAACUAGGUAAUUUGCUUUCUAAAUUGAGAUUAUACUUUUCUUUUUCACUGUAUUUAAUCUUUCACAAAUCUGCUUCUGAAAUUGAUGAACAGAAACAAUGUAAGUGGCUUUUUUGUUUGCCAGAGGUUAAAACAGCUAAGCUUGGUUGUUCGUGUUUUCUGUGCACUGAACAAUGCACUUUCCUAGUUUCAAAACAAGCAGCAGACAACCGUUGUCAGAGGAAAGGGUAUAAUAAGGCUGUGAUACCAACAGAGAGAUCCUAGUUUUCUGGUCAUUCCACAAUCGAAGAGAAGGUAGACGCUAUUUAAGAAAUAUUUGCUUUCCACCAACUUUUUAUUUUAAUUAACCAUUUUACUAUAGCUGCAUCUCACAAAACGUGGAUAUUUAAAUACAAUGGAAUUUAAAUACAAUGGAAUUAGAGGGUAUCACGUUUGCUUUUAAUAACAUUAUAUUAUCGCUUGCACGUGAAACGCAACACAAGCCUGAAUAUUCGAAUUGGCAAUACGGUUGGUAGUCACUUACCAUCUGAUGCUGCGCGGUGCUGAGCGCAUUCUGCUUCCAUGAAUGCAAUGGGCGCUGACGAUGCUCAGCACCUUGUGGGACUGAAUUUAUUGUCAACAUUUUAUACCAUGUUCUAGGUGUUAGUUGUUUGGCAGAUCAGCAGUUUGAAGUGCUUUAUUUUUAAUAUUCUAAACAUUUUGACUGCAUUAAAGAGAUGGAUUCAAAUCAUUGUAAAAUGAACACCUUUACAAAUAUCAACAAAAUAGCAUCGAAAGGGGGAAUAUACUUUAGUUACGAUUAUUUUAACUUUUCAGCAAAGGUUUUACCCCCAAAAUCAAUAACCAUUGUUUGAAAAAAAAAAUUUCAGAAACUGUUUAUCACAUGUUUAGUAUACACUCGCUGUCACAUUGCUGUGUUCUUGAUUAAAAACCUCUCUGACA